AGGGAGAGGAGGCUUCUGCUCCUCUAGUAUCUUUGCUUGUGCUCGGGGAGAGGAGGCGCCUGUCCCUCGGCCAUGGCUGGUGCCCGGACCCGGCGUGUCCGCUACUGGGACCACGUUGCAGCGGUGAGACGGGGCGGCCGCUGCUCGGCGUUGCUGCUGCUGCCGCCCCGCUCCUCCCCGCCCCACACACGGCUCUGUGUGUCCAACCGCUCCCACUUUGUCUACACGUACCACCACCACGGCUCCCUGCAGGUUGUGUACAGGUUACCCACUGCUGUGUGGCAAGUGGAGGUGCACAGGAGUGGAGAGCGGCUGUUUGUGCUGUGUGAUGAUGGCGGAAUAUAUAACAUUCUGUUAAACCAGAAGAGCAGUUCUGUCAAGGCGGAAUUGUCCCUGAAUCCUUCCCAGUCAGGAGGUGACUCUGGCUGCUUUGUGCCUCCUGUCUUUACGGUGGGUAUCGAGCAAUGCCUUGUCAGAGACUCUACAGCCUGCUCCUUCAUUGCUGUGCACGAACAGGUUGUGAUGGUGACGGAGGAAGGGCGGAAAUGGAAGAUUAAGACCUUCGGGCUGCCAUCAGCAGACUGUCAGGGCCAGAAGUGUCAGAAGAUUGAGGAGAUAGAGUUGAUUUCUCAUGCUAACUUACCGCUCGGUGAGAAAUCCCCCAAACUGAGCCACCCACCUGUGUUGUGUUGUAUUUAUCCUCACGUUGAAAACGAGCAACAGGGCAGUGAAGAUUACCCCUGUCUUCAGUCGUCAGUCUUCAGUCUCCUCUUCAACGUGGAUGCCAGCUUGCUGCGGUCACCCGUGGUACUGUGUGGAUUGCCGGACGGCCAGGUUUGCUUCUUGCCAGUGAAGUACACCCGACCUGAGGCCAAAGGUCACUCGUCUCGAACGACGGUCCUUCUGCACCUCGAACAGCCGGUGGCGUUUAUUGGACUUUUGUCAUUAAAAUGGGAAACGGACGAUGACCAGGAUCGCCAGUCAUCAAGGGCCAAGCCCCCAGUACCCAAUAGCAUUGUCGUGGUCGGGAGAGAUGGCAAAGUGGUGAUCGCCAAGUCCAGCCUUCAGAUGGAGAUGUGGGCUCCCAGUUUUGUUGAGUACCACCUUCAAGGCCCCAUCGUCAGUGCUUGCUGUCACGCAGCUACACUUUAUUACAGCACUUGCUCGGACGUUUUUGGCGUUGAGUUCCAACGUGGCGAGAAUUCAUCUUCUGGGAGGACGGCAGAUAUGAGGAGCGGUCGUCACCCUGUGGGAGACUUGCCCUCCAUCCUCAUCCCCAUCAGCCUGAACAUCUGCGGGGUUGUAGCUGUUUCCAGGCCUUCACUAACAGCUGAAGGUGACAUUCAGUUGGUAGCACUAACGGAGAAAGGGAAAGUGAUGGCCUGCACCUUACCCCCCUCUCUACGUGAAGCCCCGACCACAAAACUCCACGCAGCCACUGCAGGACAACGCAUUAAGGACCAUCUCUCUGGGAUUAGCAGUGUCUCGGACAGAAUCGCUUCCUUGAAGGGCGUAAUGCAGCAGAAAGACAAGGCCCUCAAAGGACUGAACCAGGUCUUCAACAUCUGCUGUGCGCUGCUGGCCGGUCAGGAGAAAGGAACGGAGCCUUCCGAGCAACCCUUCCGCUGCCAAAUCGCUGCAAAAUGGAACCGAGUUUUGCUCCAGGAUUCGUUGGUCAUCUCAUGCAUUUUGGAGAACCUCAGCAACUGGCCCCUGGAGCAGGGGUGGUCUUUCUGCGUCCAGCUCGUCACCCAGUCCCUGGCUUUGGCCAAAGGAUCGGACAGCACGGCCUACACCUCUGCCUUUGCCAUCGGCGAGCUUCCACCCAGGGAGAAGAUGGAGGUUGCAAUCCCCUUGAACUCUGAGCAUGACGGCUCUCUGCCGCUUCCUGUGGCCGUUCACUGCUUUCUCCAUUACGACUUGAACCAUCUCAGGGCGAGGACUGCUAGCAGCUUGCCCGCCUCACCUGGACCGUCACCGUCUCCUGUACCUGCAGGACAUGACGACAUCUGCUUGCCCCUAAACAGGCGCAUCGUUGAUUUGUUAGACUGCUUGCACAUUCACAGUGGAGGAGCAAGUGAAACUAGGCCGCACCUGAAUCACAGACCUGCCCCACCAGAUCCGUUGGAGAUUUUCUUGCAUUCAGCUCUGCACUCUGGGAGCAAAGGCAUUAAAAGCAACAACGUGGUCAACGGCUCUAUGAGUGGCCUGUUCAAGGAUAGGACUGGUGGGGGGCCGUUUACAGCUUCCAUCAAGUUGUCCUCUCAUCUGAUGGAUGUUGCUCUGAAAGAUAUUGGCACAGGAAACGAGGCAGAGAAUGGUUCAAACGUCCUCCAAUGGCUGCUGUCGACAAACUCCGAGAUGGAGGCAUUAAGGAUGCAGCUUGGCCCAGUUGUACACUGUUCAGCACCAGACGGUAGCAGUGUCCACAUACUCACCAAGAAGGUUGAAGUCACCAAUUUCUCAGUUGAUGGUGUGAUCAGUGCAGUGGAGGUGGUGAUGGAGUGUUCCUCGCUGUCCGUGUUUUGUUUCUUGCAUCAGGCUCUCACUCGGCGGGUCCAGAUGCUUUUGGAGCAGAGUGCUCCCCAUAGUGGCUCGAUGCCUGGCCUUCAUGUGCAGUCUCUGAGACAGCUGGCACACAGCACAGAGGGUCUUCUUAAAGAGGUACAGUCACUCCGUGACCAGAGGUGCCUUGGCGAGGAAACGAAUCCGAGUGACACUGCCGGCAAACUGCUGCGACUCUACGAGCGACUGAGGAGCAUUGAUUUAGUUAUCGUGUAACAGAUGGAAUUGGCCAAACCGCUGGUGUCUCCAGGUUGAAAUCGGAGGUCUAUCCUCCAUUCGUUAAGGCUGUUCAAUAGCAGAGGCCUGUUGCUGCAUGUGAAGGUUUAAAGUUGCACACUGGUAUAGUACCUGUAGCAAUUGUCACUUUGUUACUUGACAAAUGUUGCUCAGGAAGAACUUUCUUUUAUGCGCCAGUCUCUGGAAAUAUCCUGACAAUCUCUGGAAAUUCCUAUGUGCCUCAAAGCAAUGACAUUUUAAAUGAAGCUCCUGCAUUCCCUGCCUUCUCCUCUCUCUCGCCCCCCCCCCCCCCCCCCCCCCCCCCCCUCACCCUAGUCAUCCUAAGAGUUCCACUGUUCACAUCCUUGUAUCACUCUUCCACACCUUCCCCAGAGAAAACUGGGCCAUCAUGGGCUCCACCUUACCUCAGGUCCUCUUUUCUCACCCAGUUUAUUUCCACCCCUUUCCUCCCCCUUCCCCCCCCCCCAAAACCUCUACUUUUGUUCUGAAGAACGUCCCUAUCCGUAACAUCCACUAUUCCUUUCCUCCAGUGAUGCUGCCUAACCUACUGAGUUACUCCAGCAUUUUGCAUCUAUCUUGUGUCUAACCAAUAUUUGCAGUUCCUUCCUGUACCGUCAUUAUUGAUUGUUUGUUUCUUUAAAAGCAUGGUGCUAAUAUGUCCGCAUCAAAGUGUCACCAAUAGCAAUGUGAUCAAUCACUCUAAUUGAUCUUAGUAGGCAGCAUUGCUCCAGGGACAUGUAUUGGCUGGGACAUCGGGGAAGUCACAUGUUCUUUGAAUAGAACUAGGACAUUGUUUUAGGAGAGGGAAAGUGUCUGCUUUAUUUAAAGACCAUUAAUCCUGGAGAUACGACACUGCAUGGAAGUCUUGUUGUAGACUGUGGCUUGCACCUCGCUCUCAUCCCCUUCUGCCUCAGAGGCUAGGAUGCUGCUGUUUAUCCAACAAACACUCCAAAUGUAUAAACAGCAUAAAUUGAUUCAAGAAUUUAAUUUAUUUUUAAAUUUAGAGAUACAGCACGGAAAUGGGCCUUUCGGCCAACCGAGUCUGUGCCGACCAGCGGUCUCCUCCUACACAUUAGGGACCACUUGCAGAAGCCAAUUAAUCUACAAGCCUGUACGUCUUGGGAAUGUGGGAACCCAGAGAAAACCCACACAAUGUCAAGGCGAAUGUACAGACAACACCCGUAGUCGGAAUCGAACUCGGGUCUCAGGCGCUAUGAGGCAGCAACUCUACUGACAUGCCACCUUGACGUCCCAAAUCCUUACAGAAAGUGCAUUGAGGCAUUUUAGAGAUGCAAUGGGUAGGUGUCUGUUUAAACCCAUGAGAAUAUCAAUGCUGGUGUACAGGAAACUGGGGUCCGAUAUCAAAUAGCAUCUUGUGUUCUUCAUGACCAGCCCCAUUACCAGAGGAGCAAGGACAUGCAUUAGGCCAGAUUCCACAGUGGUCAAAUGUUGCCCCAGUGAAGUGUCACAAGCAUCUGACUGCAGCAAACUAGUUCUAACCUGACAGAUAUGCUGCGAUUUUUUUGAAAAUGUGGAAAUUAGAAUUAUCAAAUACAUUUCUGAUUGAUUUUGAC